CCCCCCCCGCCCCUUCUAAUCUCGUCGUCACGUGAGCGAGGAGCGGUUCCAGCGCCUGUGGUGUCUUUCGGUAGAGGCGGGUUUUUAGGGGGCCGGAGUCGCGGGCCUCGGACUGGGGGAGGCGCAGACCGCCUCUCCCCCCCACCCGCCUCUCUCUUUCGGCUCUUCAGCAGCAGCUGCUCCUCCCUCACCAUGAUUAAAGCCAUCCUGAUAUUCAACAACCACGGCAAGCCGCGGCUCUCCAAGUUCUACCAGCGCUAUAGUGAAGAUACACAGCAACAAAUUAUCAGAGAAACAUUUCAUUUAGUCUCAAAACGUGAUGAAAAUGUCUGUAAUUUCCUAGAAGGCGGCUUAUUAAUAGGUGGAUCUGACAACAAAUUGAUAUACCGACAUUAUGCCACAUUGUACUUUGUCUUCUGUGUUGAUUCUUCAGAAAGUGAACUUGGCAUUUUAGAUUUAAUACAAGUAUUCGUAGAAACGCUAGACAAGUGCUUUGAGAAUGUCUGUGAACUGGAUUUAAUUUUCCAUGUGGAUAAGGUCCAUAAUAUUUUGGCUGAAAUGGUGAUGGGCGGAAUGGUUUUGGAGACCAAUAUGAAUGAAAUUGUCACCCAAAUUGAUGCUCAAAAUAAAUUGGAAAAGUCUGAGGCUGGUUUAGCAGGAGCCCCAGCCCGGGCUGUGUCAGCUGUAAAGAAUAUGAAUCUUCCAGAGAUCCCAAGAAAUAUAAAUAUUGGUGACAUCAGUAUAAAAGUGCCAAACCUUCCCUCUUUUAAAUAAAUUGUGCACUCCAGGUAAAAAUGAAGAAGAAAUAGAAGUUGAUCGCAAAUGUUUACCAAACCAAUGUUUUGCUGUUUAAAUAAAAGGUCAUGUUACCCUGUAGAAAUCCUUUAUAAAAUUAUGUGAAGUUGAUUGUGCUUUGCUUAGUGAAUUUAAAGAGAGUGGGUGGUUUGUGAUUUCCAAAUAAAAUUCCUGUGCCCAUCUAAAGCAAGCAUAUAAUGUUCUGGAAAAAUAAUUCAAACUGUUUAUUUACUUUGUAGGACAUUUUUUUUGUAUAGACUAAGCUCUGUAAUUAGUACAGCAGUCCUGUAUACAUUCCUUCAAGUUAUUUAAGAUCCUGAUUUAAAUGUUGCAUGAAAGCAAUUCAGCUGUAUCUUCUCUUGCUUUUUAAAUAAAGUCAUAACUAUGUGGACUGCAA